AUGUGGGUGGAAGAAGAGGCAGUACUAGAAGAUGUGUUAGAAACCUAUCAUCAGCAGCAAAAUACUAUGCAUAUUUUUAAUAUUGAUGAUUAUCAUUCAAUUCAUUCAUAUCGACGACCAAAAUUAGCAUCAUUACAUAAUGUACAUCAUAUAGCAACAUGUAUUACAAAAAGAAUUGAAAAUUAUCCUCCAAUUCCAGCAACAUAUAAUGGAGUUUCAUUUUUUAAUCCAUUAAAUAUUGAUGCAAGUUUAAUUAACAAAUAUUUAAUUGAAAAAUAUAUGGAUCAUUUAGAUAUGUUAUAA